AUGAGACCUCCAAGAGACUCCCGUUAUGGCAUUCCUAAUGGUUUAAUCAUUUUUCAGGCCGUGGUGGUGGUGGGUUUAGGGGCAGAGGUGAUGGUGGAAGAGGGAGAGGAAGAGGAGGUGGUGGAAGAGGUGGUGAUAGGAGGUGAUGGCAUUCCAAACCAAUUGAAACUAGCAGCAAUGGCCAUCGAUUUGAACGUCCGCCUGAGAUCCGCCGAUAUGCCUCUCGCAAUGCAAGAGCGAGCUAUCCGGAGAGCCAGAGCUUUAGUCGACGCUAACAACCCAGGUAUUACCAAACCUACGCAGGAAUUUGAUGCGUUGUACGGACCGGCAUGGCAUUGCAUAGUGGGGAAGAGUUUUGGGUCGUUUGUGACGCACGCCGGCGGAGGAUUCUUGUACUUCUCGGUGGACAAGCUUUGUUUAAACUCCUGA